AAAACGCUGAAUCAUUGCGCGCUUUCUACACAUCUUCCAGGCAACUCUGACCUCUCUGUCUCACACACGCAAACUCCAAAACCUUAGAUUAGAAGACUGAAUAGACUUUCCUCCACCGUUGAACAGCUUAGGACCCUUUCGAUCAGACAGAGAUGAUGAACAUCUUCUCAAAGAAACCCACCCCCAAAGAGGCUCUUAGGGAGAGCAAGAGAGAGAUGACAAAUGCUACUAGAGGUAUAGAGAAGGAAAUUGGAGCUUUGCAAUUAGAAGAAAAGAAGCUUGUUGCUGAGAUAAAGAGAACGGCUAAAACUGGAAAUGAGGGAGCAACCAAAAUUCUAGCUCGCCAGCUAAUCAGGCUUAGGCAACAAAUAGCAAACUUACAAGGUAGUCGAGCUCAAAUGAGAGGAAUAGCAACUCAUACACAGGCAAUGCAUGCACAUUCGUCAGUUGCUGUGGGCAUGAAAGGUGCCACCAAGGCAAUGGCAGCCAUGAAUAAGCAAAUGGCCCCUGCAAAGCAAGCAAAGGUGAUACGGGAAUUUCAGAAACAAUCUGCCCAGAUGGAUAUGACUACUGAAAUGAUGUCAGAUGCCAUAGAUGAUGCCUUGGAUGAUGACGAGGCUGAAGAUGAGACCGAAGAACUCACAAAUCAGGUGCUAGAUGAAAUUGGUGUUGAUGUUGCCUCACAGUUGUCAGCAGCUCCCAAAGGAAGGAUUGCCCAGAAAAGUGCUGAUGCUGCCAGCAGUUCGGGAGUUGAUGAGCUUGAGAAGCGGUUGGCAGCUCUUAGAAAUCCAUGAGCUGAAGAUUGGAUAUUUGUGAGUUAGUGAAUUUCUGCAAGGUAGUUUACUGUAGAUAUUCUAUCUCCGUAGGAUGCUACUCAUUUCAGCAUGUAUCUUGAGAUGCUAUUUCAUUGUUUUGUUCUGCAUAUUUUGUGGAAUGCCAUGGACAGUGAUUCUCCAUCACAUUUGCAAAAAAUGUAAUGAGUCCUAAAUCGAAUUUUGUCA